AGUCAAAUGUCGCGGACAAGGAGACUUUUUGACAUUAGCACUGUAGAAUAAUAAACAAUAAUCUGCAAUACAUUAUAAUUUCAUGUAGAAAUAACCACAUCAAAAUGGAAUCACAUCCACUAAAUUUGGCUCAUCAACAACACCGUCGUGCUGAGGCCCAUCUCGUCAACAAUAGAUACGAUGAAGCAAUGCAGUGCCAUCACAAUGCUGCGGAAUUAUUAUUGGACGCUAUGAAAUCCACGACGUCAUCAGUCACGCUAGAAUCCAUCACAUUACAGCACAGUUACCACCUGAAGCAAAAGGAUCUCAUCAAAAGCAAGAAAGAACAAUACGAUAGAGUGAAAAAGGCCAUGGAUCACAUCAAAGGUUUGAGCAAAGAUCCCACCUACAAUAAUAUAUUAAGUAAUGAUAGUUCUAAAGUCCAAGUUGCUAUAUAUAGAACAAUAAGUGAAGCAGAUUCUUUGUUAUACAAAUUAAAAAAUCCAAGUUCUGAACAAGGCCAUGUGAAAGACACAAUUGCUAAAGUGGAUGUAGUGGAUGGAAAGAAGAUAGAGAAAGGAAAAGAAACAGUUAUAGAAGAGUUACAGAUAUUGAAUCAAAAUUUACAUUCCCUUGUAGAGCAAUUGGUGUUGCAAGCUGAAGUACUGAAGGAUGAAAACAUGACGUUAAAAGAAAGAGUGAGUUACCUGGAAAAAGAGAGAGUCAAGUACCUGAACCUUCCAACUCAAAGUGAUUUGUUACAACGAAACUUUUCAAAUAUCAGCGGAAAUGAAGGUUUGACAAAUGAGUUUAUCCAGAAGAUGCCGAUUGCAAAAGAACCACAUCAUCGACCAGUUGUUCAACCUCAUUUUGAUCUAAGUGCACUUAAGGACUUAUAGUUAAAUAAUGGACUGUUCAAGCUGAGUUUUUAUUAAAUAAAUCAGUCACCAAUGGAUAAUAUUAUCCAACACAUGGUAUUGUAUUUGACUGGUUAUAAAGCAAUUGAUACAAAGCUACAGGUAUUGUAUAAGGUGCUUUGUUCUCUAUAGAUUUUGUUUACUCAUUUUAAUUAACAUAAAAUGUAUUUUAUUUCAUUACAUUUGUUUUCAUAACAGUAUUUUGUAAAAAUGUUUUCUUUUUUUUUAAAUAACCAUGACAAGUGCCAAAAUCAUCAUGAUAAAUGGAUGGAGGUAAAAUAAUUUUUAUGUCUUACAUACUACAAACCAUUAAAAUUUUUUUUUAUUUGUGUCAUGUACAUGUAUGUACCAAUAUUUUUUAUUGUCAUGAUCCUUUCAUGUUGUGGUAUUCUUUUGAUUUUAUUCAUAAAAGCUUAAUUAGACUUUAGGUAGUAUUAUGUACCUUGUGUGUUAUAUGUACAUUAUAUUUUUUUGUUACAUCUUUAAUAAUGUGUAU